CUCAAGCGACUUCGAAACAAGAUGUCAGGACGUGGUGGUAAAGGCGCCGGUAAAGUAAGAGCUAAGGCCAAGACUCGGUCCUCCCGGGCCGGUCUUCAGUUCCCGGUGGGCCGUGUGCACAGGCUGCUGAGGAAAGGUAACUAUGCGGAACGUGUGGGUGCCGGAGCCCCGGUGUAUCUGGCAGCGGUACUUGAGUACCUGACCGCUGAGAUCCUGGAGCUGGCCGGGAACGCCGCCCGCGAUAACAAGAAGACCAGAAUUAUCCCCCGCCACCUGCAGUUGGCCGUCCGCAACGACGAGGAGCUCAACAAGCUGCUGGGCGGAGUGACCAUCGCCCAGGGCGGCGUGCUGCCCAACAUCCAGGCAGUCCUGCUGCCCAAGAAGACCGAGAAGCCCGCCAAGAAGUGAAGACACGGGACCGGCCUCAACAAACAACGGCUCUUUUAAGAGCCAUACAACACUCAGUAAAGAGCAGGAUCCGAAUCGCCUCUUAUGUUGGAAGUCUACCAACGAACCGCGAUAGACUCAGUUACUGAACCCAGACCAGCUCUACCACAAAACACCAGCGGCUUAUAGACGAUCUCAGAGCUCUGAUAAAAUAGAAUCAAACCAUAAGUACAAGUAACAUGACAUCAGUCCCAACUACGUCCUUUUUUACACUUCCUGAUACCUGUAGUUACCUUUUUAUAAAUGACAGAGCAGCACAUUUUUUAAAUAUUCAGGUUCCUUCCAACCCAGUAAAAUAUUUUUGUGAAAUGUCAAA